ACGACCAGGAAUUUUCCUAUUUGGAAACAAGCGUCUCCACCGGUCCGCGAGGCUUGGCAUCACGCCGCGUCUUGACUCGGACAAACCAGCAGCUCGUUCGUUUCAAACGAUGAGUAUCGACACUCUCAUUCAAGCGGCCAAGUUCGUGGACGUAGAAGAAUUAGACGGUGGGUGCCGCGGCCUGCCUGUCCCUCAUCCAGUUUAAAUUCGUGGCGGCGCUAAUUUCGCGCCAUUGCAGCGUCUAGUGCGACAAUGGAGCCGUCGACCACGUGCUCGUCGGACGUUCGAGCUGGAGAGUUGGUGGACGGUAAAACACUUAUUACCGGCGAAUCGCAGGCCGAGAUAAGUCGUAGCAAGCGAACGAGUCGUGUGUCUGGUGCCGGCGCUACGCGAGAAGUUCAUAACAUGCUUGAAAAGAACAGGCGAGCUCACCUCAAGAUCUGCUUCGAAGAUCUGAGAAGACAACUUCCCGGAUUAGAAGACAAAAAGACUUCAAAUCUGAGUGUCUUGAAGGCUGCUAUUUUGUGUAUUGAACAAUUGAAAAAGAAAGAUCGAGACUUUGAACUGGAAACGAACCAGUUGAGAAGACAGAAGCGUAUGAAACAGGAGCACUUAAGAUUGCUCAAGAAUGAAAUUGGUCAAGAAGUCGUCAAUGAUUUUUUCCAACAGUCAGUAGUAAAACAAUCAACUGAACCUACAGAGGAAUCUGUUGACGAAGAAGGAGUAAAUACAACGCCCCAGACCACAUCAAAUGAGCAACAAAUUUUAUUUGUAGAAUCGCCUAUUACAGGAACUAACCUGUGCAGUACAACUCCUAUUCAGUCGGCCUACAUGCCAUCGUCUCUCUCGGCCACUGGAACUCGUUGGCAUUCUCACAUCAGCACCAGUAGAGAUGAUUCCAACUCCUAGUAAUUGAUUCUUUAUAAUAAUCAUUAGGUGUCUUCUCAUCUGCUAUCCCGGGCUCUGAUAUGCUACUACUGUAGUAUAGAAAGACUUCUGUGUGGGUUUGUACGUUAUAACUAUCUUUGUAUAAUUUACUGCACGAAUUGAAGCAGUUAAUAGCUAUAAAGAAGAAAACUUGAUCUUAC